GCUUGGACUCUCACUGGACAAUGGCUCCAUCUCGUCGACGAUGCGAAGUUUGUGGUUCCAAACAAUGGAGAAAGGAACCCUCAAGUGGUUUGAUUACUUGUAAAGAAGGCCACGUCCUCCAGAAUUACAGGAACGAAACCCGAGAAAUAAACGAUCUGGGCCAUCAUGUACUUAAGAAGAGGACUCUGCGAUCAGUAAGGAAGAAGAAAGGGAGACAGAGUCGGGCAGACCCAAAACUGUAUCACGGAGAGCGCGCCCGCUAUCAUUAUUUCCAAUGCCUCCAACUCAUACUCCGUAUGCAAAUUCAAGCGUUAAUCAGGCUUUGGGAACUUCCUGCAGAAUAUGAGGUUAUAUGCCGAGACGUCUGGGCAUUACAUCUCAAACUACUACGUAACCCUCCACCUGCCGAACCUUAUCUGUAUCGACAAGAGCAGCAAGACGGAGGGGAAUCUUCUACUGCGAAGGCUUCAUCACAAGACCAGGAACUUGGAGCGCAACCGCAAAACCUUGUGCCCCAGGAGGAUGAAGACGACGAACAGGAAGAAGACGGGGAUCGUUCGGAAGACGAGGACAUACGUUCAUCUUCUUCGAAGGCUUCGUCCUCUAGGUCGUCUUCUUCACCAAGUGAAGAUGAGGAUGAAGAAAAGGACCCUGAACUGGCCGAGUUACUGCGUGAAGCUUCUGAGGCGCCUUCUUCCCCUUCCGAGGACGAAGACGACGAACUCUAUGCCAGUCAACGGCCGCCCGAAGACUGGGACGCGUACAAGAAGAGGAAGAGAAGACAUCGCAAAUCAAAUAACGGAUAUGAUUCUCCUGCUGGUAAUCUGGCUGUUCUUGUGGUUGCUUGUUGGACUUUGAGGCUGCCGAUAACAUACAUGGAUUUCGUUAGGGUCAUUAAGGCGUACGAAUUGCCCUAUCUCGACCCUGUCCGUUUACUUCCAGCUCCUCUCACUCGACACUUGCCGAAACACACCAUUCAGGCCCUUUCACCUCAUCAUGCACCAUCGGUCCUUCACGUUCACAGGUUGACUUCUCGGCUAGCCAAGUUACUUUACACUUCGUUUCGUGUUUACACACCGGAGAUGCAUGGCGCACCAAUGUUGUGGAGAGCCGUACAGUGUCUUCAUGGAACGCCGACCCUAUACACCCUUAGCAAGAAGCUUGCCAGCGUUUUGCAGUUACCAAUGACCCUACAUCAUUCUCUAACAACCCGCCUAAAGCGUCACAAGCAAAAUGACCCUGGAUUUCACAUGUACGAUGAUGCACCAGUAGAAGUCACCCUGGUAGCUGUUGUGAUCAUUGUUUUGAAGCUGGUCUAUAGGCUUGGUGAAGAGUCCAGGCCAGGUCCAUACUCUGAUAACGACCCUCUACAUGCAUUGCCAGACCUCGCUUACUGCAUUGAAUUAAUCGAGGCGGAUAAGAAGAAGGCAAGCAAUUCGAUGGAAGCCCUACUAGCGACCGAUUCUACUAUGUCUGCCCUUGAUUUAGAUGACCAUCUUAUGGAUGAGUAUCUAGAGUUUUGUCAAGCAGCGCUUCUUCCUCGAGAAGAUCGCCUGAACGACCGUGAUGUAGCAACCGAAUUCUUCCCCUUGCAAUCUCUUCCUGAUCGUCCUCCCGACGCCUCAACAUCGACAACAAGCUCAGGAUUCGACGAGUUACCAAAACUCUCAGCAAUGUGCCUACCCCAAGACGAUGAUGCCCCUCUGCCAGGCCAAGAAUACAAAAUUUACAGCUCAGCGGACUUGUUGGGUUCACUCCCACUUGAGUACGAGCUAAUAUUGGACCAGGCAGCCAAGUGGUGUGGAGUCGAUGAAAGCUACGUGUCUCGAGCCGUCGAACGGUUCGAACGGCGGUUGUGCAAAUGGUGGAACCGACUUCAGAAGCAAACGGGAUCAUGAAUUUCAUACAUACUAUCACUCCAUUCCCAUGCCUCGAGGGUGACUAUUUUCAGGGACCCUGCAAACUUGUCUAUAUUGUAUAAAUCAACUCCUAAUCGUCCCCUCCGAAAGCGGCGUCUAAAGUCAUUCAAUUCUGAUAUGGAGUCCCAGUGGCGAGUUAUGCAUUAAGCUAGGUCGGCGCAGACGGGCGUCUGUUGUUGGGGGGUCACAGUGCACGCGAAUGUGACGAGUGGCGAAUCGUGACAUUCAACGUCCGAGGUUGUGCGUUGUUCAAACCAUCCGCUAUUCUAUGAGGACGCACUCCUCAUACUAACAACAUACGGUUUGUGUGUCUGCCUGGAUUGUGGUAGCGUUGCUCAAGAUAGCACGUGCGUCAGAUAAUAGCUCUCUUGCCCCGUCCUGAAAGGUACGAACAAAGACAAAGACUUAAUUCCAGCUUGAAUUGGCU